AACAUGUGGAACACCAUUGGUUUGGGUGUGGUCGGAUUAGUGGUAAUAUGGAUUAGCAAUUGGAUUAGAAGAUGGAGAAACCCGAAAUGCAAUGGGGUUCUGCCGCCAGGCUCCAUGGGAUUCCCUCUCAUUGGAGAAACCCUUCCUCUCAUCAUUCCCAGUUACUCUCUUGACCUUCAUCCCUUCAUCAAAACACGGCUCCAAAGAUAUGGACCUAUUUUCCGAACAAGUAUAGCCGGUCGGCCAGUUGUGGUAUCAGCUGAUCCAGGAUUAAACAGUUUCCUUUUUCAGCAAGAAGGGAAGCUGGUUGAGCUGUGGUAUUUGGACACCUUCUCGAAAAUCUUUGUUCAGGAAGGCGAAUCGCGAACCAACGCUGCCGGCGUCAUCCACAAGUAUGCGAGGAGCAUGUUUCUGAAUCACUUUGGUGCUGAGAGGCUCAAGGAGAAAUUGCUUCCUGAGAUUGAACAAGUGGUCAACAAAACUCUAAGUGAAUGGUCAACUCGGGCCUCUGUUGAAGUCAAACAUGCUGCUUCAGUUUUGGUUAUAGAUUUCAGUGCUAAGCAAAUUAUCAGUUAUGAUGUUGAAAAGUCAUCUGAAAGCCUAAGCGAGACAUACACAGGAAUCGUGCAAGGUUUUAUGUCUUUUCCCUUGAAUAUUCCCGGGACAGCAUACAAUCAAUGUCUAAAGGGCCAAAAGAAGAUACUAGCCAUGUUGAGGGAUAUGAUAAAGGAGAGACGGGCGUCGCCUGAGACGAAUCGAGGAGAUUUCCUAGAUCAGAUCUGCAAAGACAUGAACAAGGAAAAGUUCUUAUCUGAGGAUUUCAUAGUGCAGCUGAUUUUUGGGGGCUUAUUUGCUACGUUUGAAUCUGUUUCAGCAAUAAUGGCGUUGGCUUUUGAGUUACUUUCGGAGCAUCCUUCAGUAUUGAAGGAGAUGAUGGCUGAGCACGAAGCAAUACUCAAAAACAGAGAAGAUCCAAAUUCUUCACUCACAUGGGACGAAUACAAAUCGAUGACUUUCACUCUCCAAGUUAUAUUAUUAUUAUUAUUAUUAUUAUUAUUAUUACCUGGGCUAUUACGUAGAGCACUAAAAGAUAUUCCAGCAAAAGGAUUUACAAUUCCUGCAGGUUGGACAAUAAUGCUUGUCACCUCCAGUCUGCAGCUAAAUCCAAAUACAUUUGAAAACCCCCUUGAAUUCAAUCCGUGGCGUUGGAAGGAGCUCGAUUCGCGUGUCGUAUCGAAGAAUUUCUUGCCGUUCGGAGGAGGAACGAGGCAAUGUGCAGGAGCAGAGUACAGUAGAGUUUUCAUGGCUACUUUUUUCCAUGUCUUGCUCACCAAAUAUAGGUGGACAAAAAUCAAGGGGGGAAAGAUUUUUAGAAAUCCUGUUCUGGGGUUUGGAAAAGGCAUUCAUAUCAACUUCUCAGAGAAGUAG